CCCUCCCACCUAUGCAGCCAUAUACCCAAAAUUGGACCCAAGUAACAGAGUUUGUCAUGGUGGGCUUUGCUGGGGUGCAAGAGGCACGCCUCCUUUUCUUUGUGCUUUUCCUCACCAUGUACCUGUUCACCUUGGCAGAGAACUUGGCCAUCAUAUUAGUGGUGGGCCUUGACCACCRGCUCCGGAGACCCAUGUAUUUCUUCCUGACACACUUGUCCUGCCUUGAAAUCUUGUACACUUCAGUCACGGUGCCCAAGAUGCUGGCUGGUUUUAUUGGGGUCGAGGGGGGCAAGUAUAUCUCCUAUGCUGGCUGCCUGUCCCAGCUUUUCAUCUUCACCUUCCUUGGGGCAACUGAGUGUUUCCUGCUGGCCGCCAUGGCCUAUGACCGCUAUGUGGCCAUCUGUAUGCCUCUCCGCUAUGGGUCCUUGGUGUCCUGGGGCACCUGCAUCCGUCUGGCMGCUGCUUGUUGGCUGGCAGGCUUCCUUACACCCAUUUUGCCCAUCUACCUCAUGUCUCAGCUGGCAUUUUGUGGCCCCAAUGUUGUGGACCACUUCUUCUGCGAUGCCUCACCCCUGCUGGCCUUGUCCUGCUCGGAUGUCACCCUGAAGGAGACGGUGGAUUUCCUGGUAUCUCUGGCUGUGCUCCUGGCCUCCUCUACCGUCAUCGCCGUGUCCUACGGCCACAUCGUCUGGACGCUGCUGCACAUCCGCUCGGCUGCUGAGCGCCGGAAGGCCUUCUCCACCUGUGCGGCUCACCUCACAGUGGUGGGCCUCUUCUAUGGCACUCUUUUCUUUAUGUAUGUCCGGACCAAAGUGGCCUCCUCCAUCAACUUCAACAAGGUGGUGUCCGUCUUCUACUCCAUCRUCACACCAAUGCUCAACCCCCUCAUCUACAGUCUUCGGAACAAGGAGGUGAAGGGAGCCCUGGGCCGAGCCUUUUCCCUCAAGUCCUGGAAGAGACAGUGAGGAGGCGGAUGGAAGAUACCCA